AUUUCCUUUCCUUCAUGAUGAAUAAAUAAACAUUUCUGUAACCAGGCCUCUGUCUGAUAUAAAGCAAGUCAUAAAACUACAUUACCCAAAAUGCCAUGCCAAUUCAGUGCAAAGGUCAGUAAAUAAGGAAGUCAGGAAGUCUCUGGCUGAACUGCAUUUCUUAUUUUAAGCUGAUCAGGAAGAGGGUUGCCAAAGUAGUUUCUCAUUUAAGUAGCCGUCUUUCAAACAGAUUAACCCAUUCCAUUAUCCUUGUGUAGAAGAUGUUGGGUAACUACCUACUAGUUUUAGGCUAGUAACGGUAACGAUAUCACAUCAUUAUUUGGCUGUACUGUAAAGUCAGCUAAGUUAACUUCUCUAGCUGUGAUUCCCAUUCAUUAUGGCUCUGUUUUGUUAAACGCUUUCAUGCUUGAGUGUAAACAAAAGGAUUUGAUUGAGCACCAACAGGCUUUUCUAUGCAGCCAUGAAGGUGGUGACAUUCUUUGUUGUGGGACUGCUGGUCCACGUUGUGUUUUUCAUCUCCAUAUUUGACAUCUACUUCACGUCUCCCCUGGUGCAUGGGAUGAGUCCCCAGCAUGUCCCCCUGCCCCCUCCGGCCAAGCGGCUCGUCCUGUUUGUGGCAGAUGGCCUAAGAGCAGACAGCUUUUACAAGCCCGAUGUCAAUGGAACCAUCAGGGCACCUUUCUUAAGGAACAUAAUUGAAGAAAAGGGCACUUGGGGGAUCUCCCACACACACGUACCAACUGAAUCCCGCCCCGGCCAUGUAGCCCUGAUUGCAGGCUUUUAUGAGGACGUCAGUGCUGUAGCCAAAGGCUGGAAGGAGAACCCAGUGGAGUUUGACUCUGUGUUUAAUGAGAGUAAACACACCUGGUGUUGGGGUAGUCCUGAUAUUUUGCCAAUGUUUGCCAAAGGUGCCAGUGGAGACCAUGUCUACACACAUACGUACCCUGCCGAGAGUGAAGACUUUGCCUCCAAGGAUGCCUCUAGACUGGACACUUGGGUCUUUGAUGAAGUAAAGGCUUUUUUCAGCUCUGCCAAAGGAAAUGAAAGCUUGCUGUCCAGACUGCAUGAGGAGAAGAAUGUAUUCUUCCUGCACCUGCUCGGGAUUGACACAAAUGGCCACGCCCACAGGCCCAUGUCAAGAGAAUAUUUGGAGAACAUUAUGCUUGUUGAUGACGGGAUAUCUGAAAUUGUGUCACUAAUGGAGGACUUCUUUGGAAAUGAUGGACAAACAGCAUAUGUAUUCACAUCUGACCACGGCAUGACCAACUGGGGGUCUCAUGGUGCAGGCCACGCGUCUGAGACGCUGACCCCUCUGGUGGCGUGGGGUGCCGGGAUACAGACAGCGCAAAGGGCCACCACACACCCCUACGAGGACCAGUACCAGCACGAAUGGAAACUUGACACGUUAAGAAGAGUGGAUGUCAAUCAGGCAGAUAUAGCCCCCCUAAUGUCAUCACUCAUCGGAGUCCCCAUCCCACUCAAUUCUGUGGGUGUAUUGCCGUUAGACUUCCUCAACAACAGUCAGCACUUCAAGGCAGAAAGCAUGUAUGCAAACUCCAUUCAGAUACUGGAACAGUUCAAGGUCAAGAUGACCCAGAAGGAGGAGACCACUCUCCCCUUUCUGUUCACUCCGUUCCCGCAUUUGACUGAGUCGAAACAGCAGGACUUUUUGCGUCAUGCAAAAUCACUGAUUCACAGAGGCCUGUACGAUGAAGCGAUACUGGUGUGUAUGCAGAUGAUCACUCAGGCCAUGGAGGGCUUGUCCUACUACCACACGUAUGACCGCUUCUUCCUGGGCUGCAGCGUGGUGCUCGGCUUUGUGGGCUGGACCUCGUAUGUGGUGCUGGUCAUCCUGAAGACUCACGCCAGCCUACGCAAACCCCCCGGCAACAGAGACCUGAUGUCUGAUCGGGGCCUUGGGCGAGUGUUUCUCUGCGUGGGUCUGGUCAUCACAGUGUUCCUGCUGGUCCAAGCUAGCCCCUGCACCUACUACGUCUACUGCCUGCUGCCAGUUCCAGUGUGGUACUCUGUUAUCAAAGAGAUUGGAACUCUCUUAGACCUGGCACAGUCCGCCCCCUCUCUGCCCCUGUGCAAGUGUUUUGGAUAUUUUGUGCUGGUUACAUUCGGGAUUGAAUUGCUGGUGUUGAGCUUUUUCUACCGAGCUGUGCUGAGCUUUGGGCUCCUGGUGCUGUCUCUCUGGCCUGUCGCCUCUGGCCUGUACUUCAAAGCGAAGACGAGAUCUCUGACCUGGGUCCUCAGCUGUCUGUGUCUGGCCAUGUUUCCCCUCAUGCCCGUGGUGGGGCGCGAGUCAAACGUCCAUUUUGUGACGUGUGCUGCGGCUCUCACACUCUUUAACACACUAUCCUACCUGCUGUCCACCCGACGGCUCUCCCCGCUCCCUCACAAGGACAAGCAGCUGUUCGUCGCUCAGAUGGUCCACGUGGUGCUGUGUGCUUAUGUCCUGACCAGCACACACUCCAGUCUCCAGCAGAAGCAGGGUCUGCCUCUGUUUAAUCAGCUGGUGAGCUGGACCACGCUAGUGGUGUCGCUGCUGGUGCCUCUGCUGAGCUCCACGCGUCUGUUCCACCGGCUCAUGAGCAUCCUGCUCUCCCUGGUGCCCACCUACCUGCUCCUGAGUACCGGAUAUGAAGCUUUGUUUCCUCCAGUGCUGUCGUGGCUGAUGUUCGUGUGGAUCAACAUUGAGCAGGAAGCCAUGACCACCGGGACACUCAGCAAGACUGAGCUCUUCAGAAUAGACUUUUCAGAAAACAUCGACAUCACCAAGAUUAGACAGCUGAAACUGGACGAUAUCAGAAGAUCCUACUUUUUUGUGUUUUUCAUCAUCACAGCUUUCUUUGGAACGGGCAACAUCGCCUCGAUCAACAGCUUCGACCCAGCGUCUGUGUACUGCUUCCUCACUGUCUUUAACCCCUUUGUCAUGGGAGGCCUCAUGAUGUGGAAGGUUUUGAUUCCAUUUGUGAUCGUGAUGUGUACAUUUGAAACCAUUCAGGUGUCAACUCAGCUUUCCUCUAGAAGCUUGUUCCUACUCGUGCUGGUCAUCUCAGACAUGAUGGCUUUGCACUUCUUUUUCCUGGUGAAAGAUUAUGGAAGUUGGCUUGACAUUGGCACCAGUAUCAGCCACUAUGUGAUAGUGAUGUCCAUGACCAUUUUCCUGAUGCUUUUGAGUAUCAUGACGCACAUCCUGACCUCCAAGAGGGUGUUCCUGGGAAAGAAGAUGAAGGUGCACUUCAAAUGAGCUGACUAGCGCUCCGCUGGCUGUCUACCAGAGUUUACAUGCAGACACUGUCUGUGGGUUUUUGAACAUUCGAACAUACUGUAAAAUUCCGUUUCACAAAAAUUGAUGGUUCUAAAAUUCUAUGUUGAAUUCAAUGAACCCAGAAAUUCUUUAGAACUUUAAUUUCCCAACAUUCCCGUCACACCGGCGUGACGGACACCUUUAAGGGUUAACAGGUGUUACGUGGCGGCCACGGCGGCCAGCUGACAGAGAGCCACUGUUCGCUGGCGUCGUGCUCAGGCGGAAACCAACGCUAUUCUGAGCAGGCCCCCAAGGGAUGGUGUUGGCGAGGCACAUUUCCAAACAGAACGUUUCUACUAGGCCUGUGUGCACUAUCUGUGUAGAUGAGUUGUAUUCAUCUAGCCCUAGCCUUUGAAAGCCUUUUAACUUAUUGUGUUCUUUUAGAAGGAUUUCCAUAGUGGUAAUGGUAUUUUGAUUACAUGAUUAGGUAUCCUGACGUAUUUAUACUGGCAACUGAGGGAAAAAGUGAUAUUAAUUUUGCACUGUACUGUGACAUAUUAUUCAUCAAAAAUACUAUUGAAAAGGUGUAAUACAGUUACUUACUACAGUUAGUUCCAUGUGACUUAAAGGAUGGGGAUAAAACUACUAGACAGCUUGCCUGGACAGUUAAGGCCUUAUUUACAAUCAUUUCAGAUUGUUGUAUUAAGGACCCUGUGUGUGUGUGUGUGUGUGUAUGUCAAUAAAAUCAUUGGAUUAUAUUGGAAUCUAAUGUUGAUCUAA